UUGGUCUUACAGUAAAAUCAAAAAUGAGUAAAUAGAAAGCUCAAAGCUGUGUUAUAGCUAUAUAAUGUAUAUAUAUAUAAACGGCGCUCGCCGUUCGAUUGGUCGAAGGCUGGACGCCUUUCCUGGGAUCCGGUCCCGCCCCCCGCCGGGAUCAGCGUUUCGCCGAGGACUUGCGUGAUUAGAUCGUACGAAAACGCUACUCGCCAACGCACGUCAGUAUUACUACCGGACCACGCGUGUUUUUCGUUGCCGUUUUCGAUUUUCGUUCCGUUUUGUCGUCAAAGUUGCAAUACCUCCAUAAAUGCACGUCGUCUAUAUUAUAACAUUUUUGUGUGUGACGAUAAAAAUAAUAAUCUUGUUGAAAAGAAAUUACGAUCAGAUUUCUUAACUCUUGUCACCUAGCGUCGAUAUUGUUUUGAUCGGAAAAUAUACCAAAAACACUGCUCACGGAAGACUAAGAGCAACUGUUUUCGUUUCGAUUGUUAAUUUAUUUGCUAUAUCUAAAUCUAUAUUAUAACUUAACAUAGGUAUUUUAAUUUUAAUUUUUGUUUUUACUUUUAUUGUUUAUUCGAAUAAAUUAUGAUCAACAGUCCACGCGAACAACAGGUGCAGGACGAAUCGGUAGAUCAUCCGAAGAUACUAUCAUCUUUUAACAACCGAAAUCCAUCGUAUACAGGAGCAAUCGAAAAUGGUGAAAUAGAAAUCGAUAAGAGAAACGGAGUAUAUGAUAUGCCCCAACAAACUGAAAACGUAUACUUGCAUUUGUCAAGUAAACCUAUUAGCCAAAUGUUAGAAAACUGGAACCAAGAAGACCGCGCAGCUGUAGUGUACCAACAAAAUUCUAUGAAAAGUGAGUUGAGAUCACCUGCGGAUUGUUGCGGUAGGUCUACACGGUACUUCACUGAUCAUUACUACCCGCACUCACCAACCAAUUUCAGAAGUCUCGCUACUAGAAACCUAUAUUAUGAUUAUUACGAUCCACCUGCUGCGGUAAUGACGCACAAGAAAGACCCUGACGCCAAGUCUUAUUACGGACAGGACGCCAACGAUAAUACCACAAGAUACUCGACACAAGGUGGUUCACCGUUGUUUUUGAGCACGUCCGACGUAUUCAACUACCAUCACUCGACGCAUAUGCACAUACAACCAGCUCUUCCACCCCCGCUCACGCCACCGCCUCCGCCUCUACAACCAACGAUAACAAUUAGCAAGGAUCAUCAGGACGGGGAAGUUCCAGAAUCAAAGACGAUAGCAUCUUUAGGCCACGAGGGUAAUGGAACAGGGUACACCGGAAUAGCCGUGCCCACACAACCCCAGCGCAGGGGCGCAUUACAACUAUGGCAGUUUCUAGUCACUUUACUAGACGACCCAAAUAACGCAUCGUGUAUCGUAUGGACCGGAAGGGGAAUGGAGUUUAAGCUUGUCGAACCAGAAGAGGUAGCCAGACGAUGGGGAUUACAGAAGAACAGACCAGCAAUGAACUAUGACAAAUUGAGCAGAUCGCUCAGGUAUUAUUACGAAAAGGGAAUUAUGCAGAAAGUAGCUGGCGAACGGUACGUUUACAAAUUUGUUUGCGACCCCGAGGCGCUCUUCAACAUGGCGGCCACGUACGAUUACGCUGCAGUAUCCGAUACGUCUGCUGCAGGCGGCGGGCACGGCACCGUCGGCGCCCCGACCGCGGGCCAUCACCACCAUCUGCACCACCAUCAUCACCACCAUCACCACCAGCAGCUGGCCACCAGGUACGCGGCUGCGGCGGCCGCGGCUGCCGCCGCCGCUGCGGCCGCUGCCACCGCGGCGGCCAACAUGCACACCUCGGCGGCCGGUGCGACUUCGUCGUCGGCGUACGGUGCCGGUCCGCCGCCGACCGCGGUCGGGGCCGACGUCGACGGCGGUCGGUCCGCGUACGGUUGCGCGUACGACGGCGGCGGCGACAAGUCGGUCGCGAUCGUCGCCGCCACGACUGCGACGCCGGCGAACGCGACGACCACUUCGCCGACGUCGUCGCCGUCGCUGUCGUCGUCCUCGUCGUCCUCGUCCUCGUCGGCCGACUGCGGUGGUGGCGUCAAGACGGAAGCUGCGGGCAGAGACUGCAAGUCGACUGCCGCGGUGCAGGCUGCGGACGGUAGACGCCAUCAUCAUCACCAACAUCAGAGGCCGGAGAUGACGACGAUCGACCGUCACCCGCACCAACACCACCUUCAACAUCAUCACCAUCACCACCAACUUCACCACCAGCAGCAACAACAGCAACAGCAGCAACAACAACAACAACAACAGCAGCAACAGCAGCAGCAGCAAUUGCAACAGCAGCAAACCGUCGACCAUCAACAUCACCCAGCACUGGUGGUCGACACGGUCACCACCGCCACGGCCAGCGACGGGGUCGGUUACUGGGCGGCUGGCGUUUUCGUCCGAUAAUACCUUUAUUGACUAUUUAUACUCUGUAUACGUUUAGUAAGCGUACACCAAAUGAUAUGUGUUUUAUUAUUUUUUGACCUCUGAUGUCUUAGGACCAGCUAUUUCAAGUACUUCUAUGUAUUUUAAUGUUGUGAAUCGAUAAAAGUGUUUUAAGACCGAUCAAACAUAAUAUAAACGAGUUUCGAUGACAAAGAUCGAUUUAGGAAGGAGAAGGUAUAAGAUCCCGAGUCUGGCCUUUUUCAACACGUUAAAAAUAAAUUUCAAAAAUUAAAUAAAAAAUGUUCACAUUAAGAAAAAUCACUAAAUGGUAAGGUUAAGUUAGGAGACCUUAUUCAUAAAAAAUUUCAUAAUACUUUUCUAAUUACUGUUUACUUGAUUUUUUUUAUAGUUAAACUACCUACUAUUAUAAAUAAUUCUUAGCAAAGAAUGUAGUUUCUAUUUUAAGUAUAGAUAUUUCAAAUGUCAUGAUUUGCUGGAAUUUCAAAAUAUUUUAGUACUAUAAUACUAUAUUACCUAUUAUAUCUAUACUUCAAUUUAAACUUCAAAAAAAUUGACUGCAA